GACGAUGGCCUCGUCAUAUUCUACCAUACAGUCGCGCCCUUGGCAACCAUGCGUCUCAACAAGCUGCUCCAAAUGCCGAUAUCAACUCGAAUUUCCUGUUCCCAGUCCAACCCCGCGCCCAGCCACCAUCCUGAACGUGCGAUGUUGCAACUGCAAGGAAGAAUUCACGCACACAUUCUAUCCAACACAAGUCUUAGGCGGAACUACUGGAAGGAUCUCAGAUACCCCAGGGUCAUCAUCGUCGCAAGGUCAGCGGAAGAACGGCAGAAAGAUUGGCACGCAGGAGCGGCCUCUUGAAACAGGCUACUAUGACAUCUUGGGUGUUGCGGUUGAUGCCACACCUGAUGAUAUUAAGAAGUCAUAUCGACGGUUGGCGAUCAAGCAUCACCCAGACAAAAAUCGCGACGACCCGCACGCCGAAGAACGGUUUAAAGAGAUCGCUAUUGCCUACCAGACAUUGUCAGAUCCCGAGCUGCGUCGAAAAUACAACGAGUUUGGGUCUAAAGAGAGCGCCCCUGAAGGGGGCUAUGUUGACCCGGAAGAGGUCUUUGGGGCGAUUUUUGGCGGAGAGCGAUUUGUGCCCAUUAUUGGCCACAUCAGCCUCGGGAAAGAUAUGAAGACCGCCCUCCAGGAGGCAGAUGAAGCAGGACCCGAGGGUGCUGUUGUACAGCGUGAUGCUAAGGGACGGGAAAUCUUGAGUCCAGAGGAGAAGGCGAAGAAGGAUGAGAAAGCGAAACAGGUCUCAGCGGAGAAAGCGGCUGCAAGGGAAGAGCGGGUACAAGAGCUCGUGCGGAAUCUGGAGCGCAAGCUGGGCAUUUUCACGGAGUCGGCGACGGGUCCGAAUGACAAGGAUGUCGGGGAGAGUUGGAGGACGAUAUGUUCUCUUGAGGCGGAAGAUUUGAAGAACGAAUCUUAUGGUGCAGACCUAUUGCAUACAAUCGGUUUCGUCUACGUGUCGAAAGCGAAGCACUUCCUCGCGACAAAUCAGACUUUCCUUGGGGUUGGUGGAUGGUUACACAACGUACAAGGGAAAUACCACGUUUUCAGCGAGACCGUAUCGACAUUACGUGCGGCCCUUGAGCUCAAAGCCGUUUUCGAUCAAAUUCAGGCCGCAGAGACAGCCGGCAAUCUGAGCCCGGAAGAGAAGAAACGACUGGAGGACCAGGCUGCAGAGAAGGGCAUUCAAGCGCUUUUCAAAGGUACGAAACUCGAAGUCGAGUCAGUCUUGCGCGAGACGUGCGACCGUGUUCUUGGCGAUCCGUCUAUUCCGCGCGAGAAAGCGCACCUACGUGCUGUCGCCCUCCAGAUGCUCGGUCAAGCAUACACGUCUGUGCGCAAAGAGCAAGACGAGGCGAAGGAAGAGGCUGAGUACGUCCGCGUAGAGACGAAGAGCAGCCGAGAGCGCGCGUCUCGGCCCCAGUGACGGCGUCGCUGCCAGUCGAACGCCAUUGUACAUCAUGCAUCAUGAUUUAUAUUUUAGCAUUCUGUUCUACACAUGUUGUUGCGCUCAGUCAAGUAUAGAAUGAGCUUACUUUC